UAUGUUUUUCAUAUUCAAGUCAUUACUUCAUAUUAAGAAAAAGAAAAAAAAUAAUAAUUCGGUGUUGCCGGUUUAAGAAGAGCGUUUACAAAGAUGAAGUUGGUUAGAUUUCUUAUGAAAUUAAGUCACGAAACGGUGACGAUCGAAUUAAAAAAUGGAACCCAAAUUCACGGCACAAUUACGGGAGUUGAUGUUGCAAUGAAUACACAUUUGAAGUCUGUCAAAAUGACUAUAAAAAAUAGGGACCCAGUACAAUUGGAAUCACUUAGUAUUCGGGGUAACAAUAUACGGUACUUCAUACUUCCCGACAGUCUACCUCUCGAAACAUUGCUGAUUGAUGAUACGCCAAAAUCUAAAACAAAGAAAAAGGAUAGUAGUCGCGGGGGUAAUCGCGGCAGAGGACGUGGUGCGCGAGGACGCGGCGGCCCAAGAGGUCGUGGCCGCGGACGAGCAUCUGGUAGACGAUAAGAUUUUACAAAACUUUACUGAAAUAAAAUAAAAAUAUGAAGGAUGUAAUAAGGAAA